CGUUGCUGUUCGAAUUCGCUCCUUCGACGACGGUCCCUUCCUGUCGGAUCGGAAGUGACGACAUUUUGAUCGUAAGCAACGACGGGAGCUCGCUGUGAAGAUAACUUUCUCCCUUUCGCGCGCUUCUUCGGCCAAAUCCCGUAAAUUCGCCGAACUGCAGGAUUUAGUAAGGCUAAAAGAGGGAAACGGAGGAUUUAUUCGACAGUGAGAUUUACGGGGCGAUCAAAUCCCGUUUGGCAGGAUUUAACAUAAAUCCUUUUGCCAAUCAGCUCUUAAAGGAUGGCUCGCUUUCGUAAUAAGAAGAAAAAGAUGCUGGAGACGCCAGUUGUGAAGAAACAGCCAAGCGUUGACCAUUUGACUGGCGAGAAGAUCCCUAAGAGCUUCGUAUUCUCGAGAGGGAAGGUGCCGGGCUCUUUGAAGCAGCUGGAGCUCGAUCUCCGCAAAACCAUGCUUCCGCACACCGCGCUUAAAUUGAAGGAAAAGAGAAGGAAUAAUUUGAAGGACUUUUUGAAUGUUGCGGGGCCUAUGGGCGUCACUCAUUUUUUAAUGUUGUCAAAGCCCAAAAGUGUGCCUCAUUUGCGGGUUGCAAGGACACCUCAAGGCCCAACUCUGACCUUUGAAAUACAGGAAUAUGCUUUGGUUGCUGAUGUGGUUCGUGCGCAAGCACGGCCAAGGUGUCCUCAAGGAAUUUUUAAUAAUCCUCCUCUAAUUGUUCUUUCUGGCUUUGGGAGUGGAGGUCAACACUUGAAACUCACAACUAUCAUGUUUCAGAAUAUAUUUCCAGCCAUUGAUGUUAAUACUGUCAAGCUUUCAUCCUGCCAAAGGAUUGUGCUGUUAAAUUACAACACCGAAACAAAACUUAUUGAUUUUAGGCAUUAUUCCAUCAGACUACAACCUAUUGGCGUUUCACGAAGAAUUAGGAAAUUCGUGCAAAACCACAAUGUGCCAGAUUUGAGGAAUUUGAAAGAUGUGAGCGACUUUGUUACGAAAGCUGGCUUUGGAUCAGAGAGUGAAGCAGAUGAAGAAUCAGCAACUGUUAGUUUGAUAACUGAUAUUGGUAAAGAGAACCGUGCUUCUAUGAAGAGUGCUGUCAAACUUCAGGAGAUUGGCCCAAGGAUGACUCUCAGAUUAGUUAAAAUUGAAGAGGGCUUGUGUUCUGGAGGUGUUAUAUUCAGUGAAUAUGAAAAAGGCAAGGAGGAAAGCCAAGGUUGCCAUGGAGAAGAUAAGCUGUCAACUGCUGAAGAAGCCACUGAAGCAAAUUGAAAACCUGGGUCUGUAUUUUCUUCUAAUUCUGGGCUUACAGUUUUGGAUCCGUGUUUGCUGCUCCCUUAUGUAAGUUGCUAGGAAAGUUUUUGAGCUAAAUUUCUUAUUAUGCUAGUCAAAUGUCUACAUUAUAUUCAACAUUCAAUUGAAGUAAAUGGAGGACUCAUGAAAUUGG